UCAAUUGAAUUUAUAUAAGGUCAAUUGCCCCAAUUUGGUGUUACGAAAUAUUGUAUGGGCUGGUCUACAUACACUCCAAGCUCCUUGAUAUUUAAUCUGGACCUUUCACACUUGGAAAUUUGAACGGAAGCUCCAAUUCCCUUGAAAUUUGAAUAUGGGUUGGACCUUACACCCAUUUCAUGCUUGGUCACCAUAACAGCAAGCAUUACAAAUCUCAAAUUAAAAACUGACUGGAAAGUUCUCUGCAUAUUUCAGUGACAGAAGCCAGUGAUUCAGCAUUUGAACUCUAUUUCAAAUAAAAUGGGUUACAGAGAGAUCAAAGAGCAGGAAAAGGAGAGCAAAGCAGAUAUUGAAGACCCGCACCCUGAAUCUGGUUCUGGUGCAGAUAAUCCACAAAUAGGCAUUCAAGAAGGAUUGGAAUGGAAACGCAAGUCGCUUGUGAUAAUUGCAUUGACUGUGCUUACUAGUUCACAAGGAAUUCUAAUUGCAUGGUCCAAACGAGCUGGAAAGUAUGACUACAGUGUUGCAACGGCAAAUUUUAUGGUGGAGACGCUUAAGUGUGUGUUCUCAUUGGUUGCUGUCACUCUAAUAUGGGAGAGAGAAGGCAUCACAGAGGAUAACAAACUUCUUACCACUUGGGAAGAGAUCAAAGUCUAUCCUGUACCGGCGGGAUUAUAUCUUGUGAAAAAUUUACUACAGUACUAUAUCUUCCUGUAUGUGGAUGCCCCAAGUUACCAAAUAUUGAAAAACUUGAACAUUAUUAGUACCGGAGUACUGUAUCGUACUAUUUUGAGGAGAAGAUUAACAGAUAUUCAAUGGUCAGCUUAUAUAUUAUUGUGUAUUGGAUGCACUACUGCAGAGCUAACUUCAUCAUAUGAUCAUGUUUCACAGACUCCUGUUCAGGGCUGGAUCAUGGCUAUUGUGAUGGCACUAUUGAGUGGCUUUGCUGGUGUUUACACUGAGCUGAUUAUUAAAAAGCAACCUUCAAGAAAUAUCAACGCUCAGAAUUUCUGGCUGUAUAUAUUUGGAAUGAUUUUCAGCGCUGGAGCUAUGUUCGCACAGGAUGAUGAGGAGAUCAGGAACAAGGGAUUUUUCCAUGGAUUUUCACUCAUUACUGUAUGCAUGAUUAUCAACCAUGCUCUCGGUGGGAUUGCAGUAUCUAUGGUAAUGAAAUACGCGGAUAACAUUGUGAAGGUUUAUUCCACCUCAGUUGCAAUGCUCCUUACAGCAAUUAUAUCAAUAUUUCUCUUUGGAUUUCAAUUAACUCUUCCUUUUGUCCUUGGUUCUAUGGUUCUAUCUGUAUCAGUUUAUUUGCAUUCGAAGGGAAAGGCGCCAAGGUGAUAGCCAACUAUUGAGUGUUUAUCUUUUAUCUUACUUUCCUUUAUUCUUCUUUAUUCUAUCCUCUCCUACAAGAAUAUGCCUGAUAUUCGAGUUUUAUUGUAAUAAAAGUUGCUUUGUUGAAGUGGCAAUGUAAUUGGAGGCGUCUCCCUUCAAGGAGAAUCUAUUUGAAGGCAUCUCCAUCCAAGUAGUCAAUAUGAAUCAAAUCAAGUAGUAUUUAAUUACUAUUGUAAUAAAGGUAUGUCUUU